AUGCCCACUCCUCCAGUUACUUCUCGCAAGAGGAAGCGUGCACAUCAAUAUACUGUGAGCUACAGCGAAGUUCAAGAGGUCGACGAAGAAGGCAGGGUCCGUGAAGUCAUAGUUAUUGAAGAUACUCCUCCUCCUUCUACAAUAUCGCCCGCAACAACCCAUACAAACGUCUUUUCGACCUCAUAUCAAUCUCCAGUGUAUUCCGCCCCAAUACGGACAAGGGCCCGUGCUGCUGCCGAGGCACAGACCCUUUCAGCGAGCACUUCGUCCGCAGCGAUCGUGGCGCCAGCGCCUAAGAAGAGGAGACGGGAGCCUGCUGAUGACUCCCGUCCAAUUGUCACAAAGAAGACAGCCGCUGUACUACACCAGCAGCAACCCGUGGCGUCGACCAAAUCGUGGGCCAGCGGCAGCGGGGCUGCCACGGCUGAUACUGUCAAUGGCAACAUUCCUUGUGAUGAUAAGGAGGGCCAUUACAUUAUUGUCCCAGAUGACAUUAUUUAUAAUCGAUAUCGUACUGUUCGUCUCUUGGGGCAAGGAACCUUUGGCAAGGUUGUAGAAGCGGUUGAUAUCCAUAACCAGAACCGGGUAGCGAUCAAGAUUAUCCGCGCUAUCCCGAAGUAUCGCGAUGCCAGCAAGAUCGAGAUUCGCGUCCUCCAGAAAUUGAAGGAGCGCGAUCCAUCAAACGUCCACAAAUGUAUUCAUCUGUUGCAUUGGUUCGACCAUCGAAACCAUAUUUGCCUGGUGUCAGAAUUACUUGGCAUGUGUGUAUACGAUUUUUUGAAGGAAAAUGAAUUUGCGCCAUUCCCGCGAAACCAUAUACAGUCGUUCGCCAGGCAAUUGCUUGGUAGCGUAGCUUUCUUGCAUGACCUUCACUUGAUUCAUACGGAUCUUAAACCGGAAAAUAUCUUGCUUGUACGCAACGAUUACCGACUGACUGUGGUAUCUGUACCUGGCAAGCGUAACGCACCAACACGGACGAAAAGGAUGCUCUCUUCAACAGAUAUUCGUCUCAUAGAUUUUGGAUCAGCAAUCUUUGAGGAAGAGUAUCACUCAACCGUCGUCUCCACGCGGCACUAUCGUGCGCCUGAGAUUAUUCUUGGUUUAGGGUGGUCAUACCCGUGUGACGCCUACUCAUUAGGGUGCAUUUUGGUCGAAUUCUACACUGGUGUCGCUUUGUAUCAGACGCAUGACAACCUGGAGCAUCUCGCAAUGAUGGAGAUGGUCAUGGGUAAAAUGCCUGAUCGGUUCGCCCGUCUCGGAGCGCGGGCUAAGCCCGAGUUCUUCAAGGACGGUGCACGGCUGGACUGGCCGAAGCCGAAGGCUUCGCGGCAGAGCAAGAAGGACGUGCGAGCUACCCGACCUCUUCAGGACGUAAUACCUCCGACGGACCAGAUCAACAAACAAUUUGUGGAUCUUGUGCGGCGAUUACUUGCCUUUGACCCAGCACAGCGAAUUACCGUUCGAGACGCAUUGCACCAUCCGUACUUUUCUUUUAACAUUCCUGAAGAGUUGUAG